UUUUUCCAACCUGUAGAUUUUUUUCUCACACUACAGCCGGCAAGACAUUUUCUUCUUGCUUUGACAUAUAGCUAGAGAAGAGAGACUCGGAACAGAGGAAAUUCUUUGUCGUGACUCCAGGACUUUACUCUGAAAGGAUAAUAAGGAUAACAUCAUCAACAUGGAAAAUACACCUCACCUUGUGGGAAUAGGAGGAAAUGUGAAAAUCAGGUGAACUCUGCUCUAUGAAGAUUACAGCAAGAUAAUUCCAGCCAUUGAACAGAUUGACUUAUCUUGCAGCGACAUGGGGAACUAUCUCACAGAGUGCAGCCUAAACUUUUACUAGCACGCAAGCUGUGGUGGUCCUAAUGUGACCAAUAGAACGGCGUCUAUAUUCAACCUUUCUGCGACACACAUAAAAUAGUAUUGUUAUUGCUGGUCCUGGAGAAGGUAAGAGAUUUGUCCAUACAAAGACCUUUGUUUUCCUGCCAGUCUUUGAGGUGGAAAAGAAGCAGAUUAGGCACUCACAGUUUGGACGCUUUGCCAAAGCAGCCACUUAGUUUUCUUUCCCUUUCUUUUUAUGCCAGUGUGAGAUUUGAAAAAUAAUGGACAGUUCAAGUAAUAUUUCUGAUGCCCAAAGGACAAAACCCUCUGCUUCUAUAUUAAAUGUAUUUAACAAUCUACUCACUGGGGAAAGGUCACCUUCAGAUGUGCAGCCUGCUAUAUUGACAUCUUAUAAGGAACUAUCAGAUGGCGGGAGUGUUGUUGGUGAAGGGAGUCAAACUCUUAAAGGGAGUAAGGAUGUGUCUCUUGGGGGAAGUUAUAAGGAUUCAGUUAAAGGAGUCUUAACAUGCUCAGAGCAACAAGAUCGAGUCCUGGUUACAAGAGUGGAAACAUAUCUUAACUCUGACUCUGAAAAUGAGGAUGAGCGAGAUGAGCAUAAAAGUCUGUCAAAAAAGCUGUCUGGGUCAGGAGAGCACAACCUACAUGUGGAUGGCAAUGAUUUGAUACACCAUAGUGACGGAGAUGAACAAGGACAUGUACCUGAGGUGGAAUUCCAUGUGCCAGAGUUUCGCACACAUACGUUUAAGAGUUCCCCUUUAAACUACAAAAGGUCUAGUCAAAAAACUGACAUUAAGACUGUCCUGACCGCCACAGUUUCCAGAGAAAACACAACUGAAAUGUUUGACAGAGCAGAAGCGUCAAACACAGAAAAAGGUGAAAGUAAACACGUAGAGAAAAAAAAAAGACAGAGCGAUUACUCUGAAGGUAUAGAUUUUUCUCUGCCAGUUCCUUCCAUUAUUAAAGAGAACAAUGCAAAAGCAACAUCUAUUUUACAACAGGAGACUGAAGACCAAGAUAACGCACAAAGAUCUGGAACCUGUGAGCAAAAUUUGAAGCCAGAUGCAGAUAAAAAGUCAUGUGGAAAUUUCCAACUAAGUGCCAAACUUGAUGUAGUGGAAUCACACUCUGAUCUGGAUUUGCAGUCAGAUGCCAAUAAAAAGUCAUCUGCCGAUAAAAAGUCAUCUGCUAAUCUCCAUCCAAGGGCCAAAGUUACAUACCAGCAUUCAACAUCUCCAAAGACACCAACAUCAGUAUCCUCAUCCCAUUCUAACUCGUCACCCCCUUCCUUUCAAAUGCCAGCCCUCUUCAGUGGUCUGAGGGUGCUAAAGAAAGGAGUAGUGGGGGGCGAGAGGGAAACUGUGUCAGAAAUCAAGCAAAGUGAGAAAGAUGCUGACCUGGCAUUGCUCAGUCUGAAGAAGACCGUGAACAAAACCAAGCUUCUCCCUGAGCAGAAGACUGUCAGUCCUGUCAAAAAACACCCAGAGCCAAAGCCUCUCACAGAAAGCCGAAGAAACAGUCAGAUCUUUAACAAGCCCAAUGAGGCUAAAAGUGACAGACAGGAAGUGGAACCAGAGCAUGACAAAAAGGAGUCUGAAGCUGGAAAUGUUGAAGGACAGAAACCCCCACAUUCAGACAUCAAGAAAACCUCAGACAUGGCCUAUGAAGCCUUCAAGAACAUGUUUGGCCCUAAAUCUAUCAAGAAGGACAAAAUGGAACCUGUGGAUCUGGAAGCUAUAAAAAAGAAGAUUAAGAAUGACAAAGAAAGUCUACGAUCUAUUUUUGAGAGAGCCUCCAAAACUACCAGCAAGGAAUUAAAAACUCCCACAGAAGCCAGCACAGAGGCCAUUUCCCCUGCUGACAGUGAGGACCGGACUCCAGGGCGUCUUCAGGCUGUGUGGCCACCACCCAAAUCCAAAGAUGAUGAAGAAAAGGUGGGACUUAAGUACACUGAGGCAGAACACCAGGCUUCCCUUUUGCAGCUCAAGAGAGAAUGUAAGGAAGACUUGGAGCGAAUGCAUUCAGAUUUUGAGCUUGAGAUCUUCCAACUUCGAGGCGAGCAUGCUGUUGCAAUAUCAGACCUUGAGGGAGUCAUUGCCAAGAUGCAAAAAGACUCCUACAAUGCAAGUCUGGAGCGAAGGGAGGUCCGAGAUGUGGCUGUGUCCACUGCAGAUGACCCCACGUACAGACUCUGCCGCACUGUGGGGAUCCAGACAGACAGAGAGACCUUUAUCAGGACUCCCGAAGGUGAGUCUGGCGUUCAAGCGCCCGGCCAGAACAUUCCAAAAAGACUUAACUUGGACUCUAUCGGACUCAGUCUGGGGGUUAAAACAGUCCCGGGGCCUGCUGGGCCACACCAGCCUCCACCUCCCCCGCCCCCUCCCCUGCCAGGCCCCUGGGGACCUCCGCCACCCCCACCUCCUCCUAUAACAGGCAUUAUUGGAGCUCCGCCGCCACCACCCUUUUUCGCCGGGGGUGGGCCCCCACCACCACCACCGCCGCCACCCCCACCUCCUCCUCUUCCUGGUCUACCUGGGGUUGGCCCGCCUCCUCCACCCCCUCCGCCAGGCGGCGGCCCCCCGCCUCCUCCUCCCAUGGGGGGGUUCAGUCUCCAUCAUAUGUUGGACAAGGCUCCUCGGAAGCCCGCUGUCGAACCAGCCUGUCCCAUGAAGCCUUUGUACUGGACCAGGAUACAAAUAUAUGACGAUAACAACAACACAUUGUGGGGCUGUCUGGAGGAGCCUGACAUCAUCGAUACUAAUGAGUUUGAAGCUCUUUUCUCCAAGGCCAUGCUCCAGGCAGUAAAGAAACCCUUGUCAGACACAUAUGAGAAGAAAGUCAAAACAAAAAAGAUAAUCAAGCUGCUGGAUGGGAAACGUUCACAAGCUGUCGGCAUCCUCAUAUCAAGCCUCCAUCUGGAAAUGAAGGACAUUCAGCAAGCUGUUCUUACUGUCGAUAACUCAGUGGUGGAUUUGGAAACCAUUAAGGCUUUAUAUGAAAAUAGGGCUACUCCUGAUGAGCUGGACAAGAUAAAGAUACAUUACGAGACGUCCAAAGAAGAUGAAGUUAAACUGCUGGACAAACCUGAACAGUUUCUCUAUGAGCUUGCCCACAUUCCCGACUUUUCAGGCCGAGCCAACUGCAUCAUCUUCCAGUCAGUGUUCCUCGAGACCAUCUCCUCCAUUAAUCGCAAGGUGGAGAUUAUAUUAAACGUCUGCAAAGAGCUGCUCGAGUGCCACAAUGUGCGGGAUGUAAUGGGUCUUGUUCUGGCCUUGGGGAAUUAUAUGAACGGAGGAAAUAGGACAAGAGGUCAGGCUGAUGGGUUUGCACUGGAGAUCCUACCCAAACUGAAGGACGUCAAAAGCAGGGACAGUCAUAUCAGUCUGGUGGAUUAUGUGGUUUUGAACUACCUGCGAAAAUUUGAUGCUCAUGCUGGUACAGAUAAGAGUGUGUUCCCUUUUCCGGAAUCGCAAGAAUUCUUCCAGGCGGCACAGGUCAAGUUCGAAGACCUAACAAAGGAAAUCAGAACACUAAAAAGAGAUUUGACAGCUUGCCAGAGAGAUGUACAGAGAGUGUGUGCGAACUCUUCAGAGGAACACCUCCAGCCGUUCAAAGACAAGAUGGAGGGAUUUAUCGCAACUGCUCAAACUGAGCAUUCUGCUGAAGAGGAUCGCCUCAACGCUGCACAGAAAAGUUUCAGGGAGAUGGUGAAGUACUUUGGGAUAAAGCCAAAGCCAGGAGACAAAGAUGUGACGCCGAAUUACGUCUUUAUGCUCUGGUAUGAGUUUUGUAAUGACUUCAAGAACGCUUGGAUACGACAAAGCAAGAACAUCUCAAAAGAGAGGUUGAAGGAAGCUCAAGAGAACAUCAAUAAGAUCACAGCAGAAAAGCGAGUGGAAACAAAAAAGAUUAACGCCAACAGUCUGAAAGAGAAAAUGCGGCAGAAGCAAGCCGGCGUGGCAUCCAGCUGAGUGACUUGUUGAGGGGACAUUGACCCCCCCCCCCCUCCCUCCCUCUUCCCGCCCUCGCAACAAAAUACAAAAGACUGCAUCCCGACAUGUUGUGGUUCCGCUUGUGCCGCUGUACAAAAAGAAGGCUGGAAGUGUGCGCGGCUCCAAUAAGCCAAAGGUGGACCUCAUUCAUCCAGCAUGGCGUGACCUCUUGUGUGCAGCCUGUGAAAGGUCUCAGUGGGUCAGCUGGCGGUUCAACAUCUGUGUCAGCUGACACGUCCAUGAAGUUCUUCCCUAACUCCUCGGAAGCUGAGAGUGUAUCCUGUCCUAAUCUGGGCUGACAAUCUGCAAAAGUCUGUUUGUGCCAAACACAACCUCCUGUUUCUCACUAUUCAUUUUCUUAUGCAGUCUGUGACAAAUACCUUUUUGUUCGCUCUGGCUUCCAAACACACCAUAACACCCCUGGUCUGCCAGAGAAUAAAAAGGCAGAGCAGGAUAGGUCAGUGCUGGAAUCAGACCCCAUCAUGAAUGUGUUUCAAAGAGUCGGUUAAUAAUUGAAUAUUAUUAAAACCGAAACAAUUUGUCCUCUUAGAAAGAAGGUAAAUCCAAUCAUUCCCUUUGAGACACCCACAAAUAUUAACACAAAACACGUUAUCAGGAAUAAUUGUAGUUACACACACACACACACACAACAAGACAAAAUCACUCCAGAGUGUGAGAGUGCCAUCCCACAGCAGUGUUCAUGAAGAGGCUAUAUCAGAAUAGAUGACCAAUGAAAUAGAUACAUGAACAUUUAACCUGAUGUUUACCUUUAUUGAUGAGUGGCAAGAAGAACAACCACAGGUGUCAUCUUUUCUUGAUUGUUUGCCAAACUUACUGGAGCAGUUUGUUGCAAACUCCAAGAAUCUAGUUGACUUUGAUCAGAUCAUUACACAAUGUCGCUGCGGGUCAUUAAAAAGUCCUAAACACAAUUUUCAGUUUAAAAGCCUUAAAGUGGAAUUUUCAUUAAGAGACAUGACGAUGGCUGUUAUUUAUUUAUGUAUUUAUUUAUUUUGCAUUCUAAAUAUUAAAUAAAUGCGAUCAAAAGUCCACAAACAACAGAGCCUAUGAAAAGAAAGCCCUUUAAAAAACAUCCAAACACCUCCAUUAGGGUUUCAUAUAGCUGAUGUAAAUAUGUAAGUAAUGUAGUAACAGCCACACUCGUAAUAACAUUUAAUAUUUACGUGUUUUUCUUGUUUUCAACAUACGCCGCACAUUCAUUUAAAAAUUGCAUCACUUGCUUUUUUUUUUUCUUCAUCACUGAUUUCUGCUCACUGCAGACUUCAUGAGAGCCAACAAACAUAAUAAAACAUCCCAUACUGUACAAAGUCUGCUGUCAUUAUGAUGCCGACUGCUGCGUCAUAUAUUCCCAUUUAGCUGAAAAAUGUCUCAUCAUCUCAACGUCUUUUUGGGUCUUUCUGGUCAUUUCCGAGCCCUAAAUGGCUGUCAAAGUCUCCCAACUUGUUGGAAUACCGCCUCAGACUUCUUUUGUCCAAAUGAGAUAUAAUUUAUGAUCUAAAAUAAACUUCCAGGGAGCAAGGAAGCAGCAGACCACUCGUUGAUGUCAAUAUCGGCAAACAAGAUUGUGAUCAUGGCGCCGCUAUAAAUAGAUUGUCUGUGUUUGCGCUUAUAAUAACAAUUUCGAUAAUACUUGGUUAAUAUUCAAGUCACAAAGUGUAAAUGGAGUAUUGUUGACGCUUUUUAAAUGGUGUAUAAAUAAAUAACUGGGAACAAUGCAAUAUUGCUUCCAAAAGACCCUUUAGCUACCCAGUUAGGUCCCUGAUGCAAAAACGCACGAGGGAACAGUUCCUGCUCUAAAACAGCAGUAUGAUUAAGGAAUUUACAAGAAGACUUUUUGGGGGGAAGGUCUUAUUUAAGAACUACAAGGCUACAUGUAGGUGUUGUGGUUUUAGAGUUAGAAAGAGAUAUAUUAAACAGUGUUGCCAAAUCCACUUAUAAAAAUUUGGGCUUGUUAUGUUUUUUUUCCAAAGUUGCAUGCCAAUAUUGUGAGUCGGGUGGUUGUUCUUGAACAUGUACCAUAUUUUCCGGACUAUGGGGCAAAUUGGUGUAUUAGACGCACCCACUAAAUGUUAGGGGACAAAAAUAUUUUUCUAUAUAUUAGCCGCACUUAUAUAUAGAUGUUCGUUACGAAAUUAGUUAUUUACACAGAAAUUUUUUGGAAAUGUUUAUUUCCAAAUGGUGUCUGAAACACAGCAGUAAAACGGCUGAUCAAAAAAAACAGAAGUAAUUGUCAUGGAUCCACUGCUGCUGAAGCUAGCUCUCCAAUUAGCUAGACAGACUGAAUAACUCCAUGCUGACGUUUUUGGUGAAUUUACAGAGGAAUGUGUGAAAUUCAAACAAUACAAAAAGAAUGCCAUUGUAAGAUGAUAAUACUAACACAGACAGUUGUAAAAGUGUUAGCAUAUUAGCUAAUGCUAACAAUGCCAAAGCCAUUACAUUACGAUAGCACGUACAAAGAAUGCAUGAAAACACUCCUACAGACAUCACACGUGGUUUAGUCAGUAUAAAAGCUAGAAGAUUGAAUGGUGCCCUACUUCUUGUUAAAAAAAAAAGCACUACUGGUAAAUGAGUGUGGACUGAGCAAACUCGUCCAAAAGAUGGCACCAUAGCACAAACAAUAAAACACAGUGCAUUUUCUUUUUUUUUUUACUUUUUAUCAUGGCCAUCAGUGAAGAAAAAUCCAUAAAUUAGCCGCACCGUGUUAUAUGCCGCAGGGUUCAAAGUGUAGGAAAAAAGUAGCGGCUUAUAGUCCGGAAUUUUUUUUGUAGUUGCUUAUUUGGGCUUCCUUUUAUGUGAGUGUGGUAGUUUGUUUAGUUUUUUUUUACUUUUUCCACCCUAGUUUUUUGGUUAUCACGCCUGCCGGCUCCACUCGGCACGCUCCCAAACCCACUCAUGCAUGACGCACGUCUCCUCAGAACAACAAUGUUCUUCGCUGUUCCUCUCAAAGUGUCAUUUUGAUAUUGUCUACUUUUUGGAAGUCAGCCGAUGAUCACUGGUCUCUCUCAUGGAAACAAUCACUGGCAAUAGUUACAGUGGAUCAGAAUAUUUCAAAUAACGCUAAUUAUGCGGAUAUACUCUAUGUUAAUAUGAUUUAAUUUGGCUUGUGUUUUCAAAAUGCCAUAUCCAUAUCCAUACAUUAACAUUUAUUGUAAAGUUCAACUUAUUACGUAAAACAGGCGGAUUGCCGAGAUAUUGUCUUCCUUUUUCCGUUUAGAGGUCUUAAAAGUCUUUAAAUUUGCGGUUAGGAGCAUAUCCAUCCAUCCAUUUUUCUACUGCUUGUUCCUUUCGUGGUCGCGACGGUACUAGACCCUAUCUCAGCUGCAUUCGGGUGGAAGGCGUGGUACCCCCUGGACAAGUCGCCACCUCAUCGCAGGGCCAACACAGAUAGACAGACAACAUUCACACACUAUGGGCCAAUUUAGUGUUGCCAAUACGAAGGUCCUGGGUUCGAUCCUGCGCUCGGGAUCUUUCUGUGUGGAGUUUGCAUGUUCUCCCCGUGAAUGCGUGGGUUCCCUCCGGGUACUCCGGCUUCCUUCCACCUCCAAAGACAUGCACCUGGAGAUAGGUUGAUUGGCCCCGCGCUAAAUGAGAGCGCUCUCUUCUCUUUUAAACAAGCUCCAAGUUAUGCAGCCUCCCCCCUUUCAAAAGCACUCAAAGGCAGCUCAGUCCUGUGACAUAAAAACGAAAAGAAACAAAAGGAGAGUUUGUAUUUAUUUUUUUAAUUUCAUAUUUUGCGCUUACUUUUUGCAAAAUGUGUUAUGGCCAAUUAUGCAACUUUGAUGAUUGUAACAUGAGUCUAUUACAUCAUCAACCAACCCACCACCACCACAAGUAGAUUGCAGUACUGUGGGAAACACAGCAACCCAACAUCCUUUUAAGUGUAGUCAGUUUCUUUCCAUCCUUCACUUCUUUCUACACGCAUGUAAAUAUGACGCACAGAAGAAGAGGUAAACAUAACUGUUGGUCACAUCAUGCUGCACAAUAACAGACACUUUGCUUCUGAAGAGCUCCGGCCAGCCAAACGCGGUUUGGUAGAUUAUUUUUCUGCUGUAAUACAUUUAUUUUUAUUUCCAUUUUUAAUGAUAUCUCAUGGUGCAUGUGCAAAAUCUUCACUUUUUGUACCAAAUAGCAAUUACCCGACAAUCAAUGUCACGCUGUGGGACGGCAUGUCCAUCACUGGAAAGAAAAACAAUGUAUAUCCUCAUCAAAGACAAUCUCAUAAUUACACGGUGUGGGACUGAAGUCCAUCCUCCAAGGCGACAAUGUUUGCCAUCAGAGAAUAUACCUCCAGAAUGUGUGAGUGCCAUCCCACAGCAUUGUGUAACCAGCAUGAGGAGUGGAUGUAAAGUGCACAAUAUAUCUUGUUUUCGCUUAUUCCACUGAUGACACUGCAACAGCUAAUUAAGAAGGCUGUGACAUUUGAAAGUGUGCGGCUCAUCUUACAAACUCAUCAUUUAAAAGGAAAAUGCAAUGGCAAUUUUAAAAACGCUAAACAGGUACACCUUUAGAGCACUUUUCUGCUUGCAAUGGUUGUGUUGUGUAGCGCGAUUAAAGCCCUUUGUAGAGUAACUAUUUGUUUUGCUCAGCACUAUUGCCCCCUCUUUGUCAUGCAGGGUUGUAAAGUAAGGCAAUAUUUUUGUUGUGUUUCUCAUUUAAGAUAAAAAGUCUAUUUAUGUAGGGAAGUGUGUAUUUUAUGUACAGCAUCAGACAACAAAGGUUUAUAUUUUACUUGCAUGUGGCCUUCAUUCUAUAGUACAGGGUUGUGAAUAUUUAAGCAUUAGAUAGUUAUGAUCCCUCAGACAGAGUGAUGUAAAACGAUGCAUGUCCAAUUCACUUUUUUUUACCCUGCAAAGUCUGUGCCACUCAUUUUUUGUAUGAAAAUCCAAAUCCUGCAAAACUGGAAUCAAUACCACAACAAGAGUCGAAUGUAUAGCAGCUCUGCAACGAAAUGGAAUUGUUUUAAAUUUCAACAAUAAACUUCUGGAUGCUCUAUUGAGAUUAUGCCAUAA